CCGACGCACCGUUGCGUCCGCUCACCGCCUCGCAUCGUGUUGUGCGGCAAAACCGCGUGUGCGGUCAACGCGCGUCUGUAUGCAUAUUUUACCAGCGGUUGACUGCAACGUGCGGUAUACUUUUUCGCUGACCGUGUGCUUUGCGUAUCGUCGCCGCAGUAGUGUUUUUGUGCGUCUUGCUCCGAUCGCGUGUGCCGUCGAGUGACCAAUUUCGAAUUGGUCCUCGUCCCGAUAUUUCGGACAUUGUCGAUCCGAGUCGCCAGUUGUUUUUCUGCACGUCGUUGCCCCGUUUGGCCGUGCGUGUGUGCGUAUAAAAUAAUAUUAUAUUUAUAUUCACGUCGCCGCCGUCCGUGGACGUCGCGUACACACAUAACCUUAUAUAUAUAUAUAUAUCACAGUUAUAUCUAGUCGCGUUGUCGUUCUUAUUAUAAGAGUAAUACACGCAUAAUAUAUACGUAUACACGUAUAAUACGUGUGGAUACACAAUCUUCAUAUAUAUAUAUAUACAUUCGCGCCGCCGUUGGUGUGCGUUGUGUAUCGGUGCGGUGCCCGAACUACAAGGCGAAGAUCGAGCAGUGUCGGUCUUAGCUUUAGAAUUGAAUUCUGACUAUAAACAAAUAUUAUUAGUAUGCAAUACUCAUUUGAUAUCUGAUCCAGAAGGUGAUUUUAUUAGAUUCUUUCAAGCGUUAAUUGAACUAAUUAUUAUUAAUAAAAUAAAACAAAAUAUCACCAAGGAUAGAAACAUAUGAAAAACUCUUACAACUUAUUUAAGCAUAACUAUUUCACUAAAAGAAAUAUGUCUUCUUUUACAUUAUUUUUAUGGGAAAAUACAAUGUUUGUUAACUGUUUGAUUCCGACGGGUGAGACCGAACUAAAAAUGAUGGUGACUCUACCAUCUCCAUUUAACAAGUUGCACAGAAUAAACUUGUGUCGAAGCCCAGAAGAUACAAUAAGAAUAUUUAUUGACAGACUUGUUUUAAAGUUAUCGAAAACUCAACGCAAAGUUAGUGAUAGUGAAAAGCUUAAGAGAAAUUGUGUAGAAAUAAAAGUGAAUGGAAUCAAAGUACCAUAUACUUCUAAAUGCUAUGAAAUAUUUGAGGAAUUUAAAGCAAAUAUUACCCUUGAAAUUAAAGAUCAUACGUAUACAGUAAUAGUUAAUGCACCAAUAAUCAACGAAUUAAAAUUGAGAAUUCCUCCAUAUCAAGGAUUAAUGAUAUAUCCCUAUGGAUUUGAUCAGGGAUAUAAUGUCUCUGUUAUGGAUACUGAAUAUUCGUGGUACAGAAUUGAUUCAAAAAAAGAAAUUAAAGUGGGCGAUGAUAUGACUUAUGAACCUACUGCCGAGGAUGUUAAUUGUCGUCUAAAAUUGGUUUGUAGUCCUUUUAAUGACAUGCGGCAACCUGGACCUACAGCAGAAAUAAUAUCUUCAACAGUCUUAGAAAAUACCAUUGAAAGAUACCCAUUUCAAAGAAGAUCAAUAAUAAAUCUAUAUCGCAAUAGGAAAAGUUUCAGAGUUGUGUCAUACAAUAUACUCGCUGGAGAAUAUACAAAAACUAAGGAAGCAAAAAAUGAAAUGUAUCCAUAUUGUCCAGAAGAAAUUUUAGCGUCCAGUUAUCGGCACCCUCUUGUAAUGAGUGAACUUCAAGCGUACCAUGCAGAUAUAAUUUGUUUGCAAGAAGUGGAUAAGCUUUUUUUUCAUAGAGAGUUGUGUCUUAUUUUAGAACAAUACGGUCAUAUGACUGGAUUAUAUUUUAAAAAGAAUGGCCGUAGGAAUGAAGGCCUGUGUUGUUUUUAUAAUACUAAUACAUUUGAUUUAUUAGAACAAUUUGAUAUUAGUUUGAAUGACCUGACUACUAUAGAAUUGUACUGCGGACCUAUUAUAAAAGAAAUUAUGAAAGAUGAAAAAUGGAAACAAGGAUUAGAAAAAAGAACUGUUUUCCAAGUCUUAGCUUUAGAAUUGAAGUCAGACUAUAAACAAAUAUUAUUAGUAUGCAAUACUCAUUUGAUAUCUGAUCCAGAAGGUGAUUUUAUUAGAUUGUUUCAAGCGUUAAUUGAACUAAUUAUUAUUAAUAAAAUAAAACAAAAUAUCACCAAGGAUUAUCCCGAGAGCAAUGUAUCGGUUAUAUUCUGUGGAGAUUUCAACAGUACACCUGAAAGUGGUGUUAAUGAUUUAGUCACCAAUUUAUUAUUACCAGAAGAACAUAGAACGGUAAAAAUGCUAAACGAUUUAAAAAGUAAUCUUGACUUUAAAAUGGAUAGUGCAUAUGAUACUGAUGUCCUGUACAGUAAUUAUACUGAAACUUUUUCCGGUCUUUUAGAUCAUAUAUACUUUACAAAUCAACAUCUCUACCUUAAUGAGGUAUUACCCAUGCCAUCACAUGAUGAUGUUAUCCAAUAUGGAGGAAUUCCGAGCGUAUUAUUUCCUUCAGAUCAUUUAGCUUUAAUUGCAGACUUCGAUGUAAAAUAAUUUAUCUAUUUUAUAAUGAUAUUUUCUUUUAUUAUAUUUAUAUUUUUUAAAUAAUAUUUCUAAUAGUACCUUUAAUUUUGUGUAAUGUUUAUUAUAGUGUUACAAUAACUGUAAAAUUUAAGUAUAUUUUAAAGAUCCGAUUUGUUCUUAUUUUGAAUAGUUUCUGUAUGUAUACAGAUAGGGCCUGGAUUUAUAUGAAAAAAAAAUCCUAAUAUUUAACCAUGUCACUUAUUUCUAUUUUUGGUGUAUGUUAAAAACAUAUAUGCCCAGCGGACCCUUAAUGUUUCUUGUGUGUAUCUGGCUCUGAUUAGUUCUCCAAAGUCUAACACCAUCUACUCUAAUAAAUGGAAUGGCGGAGGAAGUUUUUUUUGACCAUGUAAUAGUCUUAACGCGCAGCAACUGUGCAUUUACCAUUUUACUAACUUGGUGUGUUUGUGUUUAUUGACACUAUAUUCAUAAUCAGAGCCCUUGCACAAUCUUGGAAUUAUUGUAAAAAUAAAUCAAAACAUUCAUUUUAAGUUGUAACUAAAAUUAAUGUUUAUAUUAAGUAUAAAACUUAUGUAUUUAGAACUAAGUAUGUAAAAAUAUGAAACUAUAAAUUUUAGCAUUAUCAUCUGUACAUGAAAUGUUGAAAUGCAUAGAUUUCUAAGAAGAUGCUAUUUUUUAUAUCUGUUUAUUCUAUUUAACACAGUAAAUUUAUAUAUAUUUUUAAUACCGUUGAUUUUGAAUAUUGAAAAAUCAGACUUUUAAAUUAUAAGUACCUAAGUUUUCAGUCCAAGAUUAACAUAAGUACCUAAGCUAUUAAAUUUAGAAUGUAAUUGGUGUAAGUGAUAAUUUAAUCAUAUCUGUGUUUAGAGUAAUUUAAAGAAUUUACUGAAAGAUUAUAUUUAAAUCUGGAAUUGAUGAUAAAUAAACAAAAUACAUUUAAUUA